GGUUAUUGAUACUUUUGGUGGGACAUUUUCAUUGUUUUUGUCAAUCGCGUAGUCAAAUGGUUUUGUGGAUAGACAAAUAUAAAAUCCUACAGAGUGAUUUGUUCUUUGGACGUGUUGCUUUGUUAUCUUUAGUUGUACAAAAUGCCGCUGUUGUCCUUGUGACUCGAUAUUCUCGUGCUAGAAAAGGAGAUUUGUAUUUUCCUACAACAGCAGUGGUGAUGAGUGAAUUAGUGAAACUUUUAGUCUGUUUUCUACUUGUUUUUUUCGAAGAGAAAUGUUCUUUUGUCUCUUGUAUACACAGUUUAUGGGAAAAUAUAUUGAAAGAUCCGAAGGAUUGUCUUUUAGUCUCCGUCCCCGGAAUGAUCUACACAAUUCAAAACAACUUACUGUUCGUUGGUUAUUCAAAUUUAGAUGCUGUUUCUUUUCAGAUAUCAUAUCAAUUGAAGAUUUUCACAACAGCGAUCUUCUUUAGAAUAAUCUUAUCGAAACAUUUAAGUCGGAUACAAUGGUGCUCUUUGGGUGUUCUGUUCACCGGUGUUGUAUUAACACAACUAAGUGAUGUAGUGAAUUCUAGUUCUGAGAAAACUACAAAUAUUGCAGAAAAUAAUAAUCUACUUGUCGGUCUUUCUUCUGUUAUAUUAGCUUGUAGUUGUUCGGGUUUUGCUGGUGUUUUCUUUGAGAAAUUAUUAAAGGGUAGUCAUAAAAGUGUAGCUAUACGUAAUAUACAGUUGGCAUUCUACGGUGUUACAGCCGGUAUCCUGACAGUCUAUUUGAAAGAUGGUAACGAAAUUGCUAUUAAAGGUUUCUUUUUUGGUUACGACUCUGUUGUAUGGGCAGCAAUAUUGAUUCAAUCAUUAGGUGGUUUACUGAUCGCUGCAACUAUUCGUUAUGCUGAUAAUAUACGAAAAGGAUUUGCCACGUCAUUGGCUAUUGUGCUUACUUUUAUUUUAUCGAUAUUCUGGUUUGAUUUUAAUCCGACUGUUUUAUUUUAUGUUGGUGCUAUCUUAGUGGUUGUUGCAACUAUUUUGUAUUCAUCUUACCCGCCUUCAAAUAAUCACGGUACUACUACUAAAAAUAAGAUAAGUAGCGUGAAUUCGUUCCAAAAUUCUUCAUCGGAGUCGAACUUCAGACAUAAGUUAUCUGUCUAGUUGUUUCAAUCUUUGCUAUUGAGUCUUUAGUAACUGAUUUAAUUUUCGCGUUCGCCUGCCUCUUAAAAAUUGUCGAAAUACGUUGCUGUCAGUUGAAAAUUACUCCGAAUACUUGGAGUUUUUAGGACAUUAACUUUGCAAUACUUUUGUCCAUUUGGUUCUUUCGCAUUUUUCCCACUUGUCUGUGAUAGUUACGAUGUAAAAUCUAGCUACUUUUGUUUUGUUCUUUGUAUUGAAAAAGAUUGUCACGUUCAAAAAAUUCAGAUAUUUUCCCACCUUUUUGGAAAUAAAAGUUUCGGUGUUUUGCGAAUUAUUAGCUCUAAAUAAGGGUUGUCAAAAUGCACUACUUUUAUUUGAAGCUUUUUUAAAACAGUUUGGGGAGAGAGGGAUGAAAACACAUAAGGUCGUAAAGGGCAUAAACAAUUUAGGUUGUGUGGAGUUUAGU